UAUUCUUUUCAUUCACCUUCGUUCUUGUUUCAUUGACGUUUUUCUUGUUUGUAAAUAAUAAACGCUGGAAAUAGUACGCAAUGUGAUAUUACACACAUUCCUCGACCGACUGCACAUUACGUAAACGAUAGCCGUUGCGGUGUAAUUAAUUAAUAGCCGUGAAACAAUCAUAACCUAUUCGCUUGUGUUUUGCUUAGCUCUUGUGGCGAGUGUGAGUGCGAUAUGAGCUGAAUGAUGCCACCGUUUAGAAGGAAGAAGGCGUCCAAGUCAUUCCCAGUCAAGGUUUGCACCUUGGACGCUGAAUUGGAGUUCAAUUUAGAGUGGCGAGCAACAGGAAGAGACCUGUUUGACCUAGUAUGCAGAACUAUAGGCCUGAGAGAAACAUGGUUCUUUGGACUUCAAUUCGAAGACACAAAACACUUUAUAAGUUGGCUGAAAUUGGAUAAAAGGGUGCAAGACCAAUGCGUCUCCCAAAUGCCGGGCACUCCGUUCAUGUUGCUCUGCAAGUUGUACCCUGAAGACGUGGCCGAGGAGCUCAUCCAAGAGGUCACACAGCACCUCCUGUUCCUGCAGGUCAAGCAAGCGAUCCUGAGCAUGGACAUCUACUGCCCACCGGAGGCUUCGGUGCUGUUGGCCAGUUACGCUGUUCAGGCUAAGUACGGUGACUACGACGAGAGUGCGUACAAGCCUGGCAUGCUGGCGAGUGAGGACCUGCUUCCACAACGCGUCAUCGACCAGUACCAGAUGACGCCCGAGAUGUGGGAGGACCGGAUAAAGAUCUGGUAUGCGGACCACAAAGGGAUGUCGAGAGAUGAGGCCGAGAUGGAGUACCUGAAGAUAGCCCAAGACCUGGACAUGUAUGGGGUUAAUUAUUUUGCCAUAAACAACAAGAAAGACACGGACCUCUACCUCGGUGUAACAGCUCUAGGGCUGAACAUCUACGAGAAAGACAACAAGCUGACGCCUAAAACGACGUUCCCCUGGUCGGAGAUCAAGCACAUAUCGUUCGACGACAAGAAAUUCGUCAUCAAAUUCGUCGAUAAGUCCGUCACGAACUUUAUUUUCUUCUCGCCUAAGGGCAUGAACAAACUGAUAUUAGACCUGUGCAUCGGCAACCACGACCUGUACAUGCGGCGCCGCAAGCCUGACACCAUGGAGGUGCAGCAGAUGAAGGCGCAGGCCAAAGAAGAGAAGCAGCGUCGGCAAAUCGAGCGCAACAAGCUGGCUCGCGAAAAACAAUUAAGAGAGGCGGCGGAGAGAGAGAGAGCCGCUAUGGAGCAACGUCUGCUACAAUAUCAGGAAGAGAUACGGUUGGCAAACGACGCGCUGCGCCGGUCGGAAGAGACAGCGGAGCUCCUAGCGGAGAAGGGUCGCGUAGCGGAGGAAGAGGCGUCACUCCUCGCGCAGAAGGCGGCCGACGCCGAGCGGGAAAACGCGCGUCUGCGGCUGUCAGCCAUCAAGACCGAGGAGGAGAAGGUCCACCUAGAGCGCAAAACGCGCGAAGCGGAGUUCCUCACCGCUCGCUUAGUGGAGGAAUCGGAGAAACGCGCGGCCGAAGCGGAGAGGCUGCGAGCGGAGCUGUUAGCGGCACGCGCUGCGGAGAAGCAGGCUAAGGAGAAGCUACUGAACUUCUUGAGUCGCACGUCCAGUGGGUCCUUGCCACCUUCAUCGACGGUCCCCUCCAGCCUGUUUCCAUCGACCUGCUCCCUGCCCGCGGAGCUCGGGGGCGAAGUCCCUAACGGCGCGCCGCCGCCGGAGCCCGAGCUAAACGCCUACCAGCUGGUGCCCGACGACUCCGACCCGCACAUGCAUAGGCUGUCGCUGGAGAUUGAGAAGGAGAGAGUGGAAUACCUAGCCAAAUCGAAGCAUCUCCAACAACAGCUAGACGAGCUUCGCUGCGAGUUCUCAGUUCUUCGAGUGGACCAGUCCGUGGCCACACUCGACCGCUUGCACGAGCAACAGGCGCGGGCGGGCGACAACAAGUACUCCACGCUGCGCAAGCUCAAGCAGGGCUCCACCAAGACCAGGGUCGCCUUCUACGAGGAGCUGUGAGAUGAUGAAAUCAUCAGGAAAAUGCCAUUUUACAAAGUGCUGCUGCGCACAAAGUGAUCCAAAUGACAAUCAAAUUGACAUUUAUGUUUAGUCAACAAAGUUAGUAUAACGUUAUGUUGCUACCAGUCAUGACUAUUACAAUAGUUAUACUCGUAGCAUGGCCACGAUGACAGGUUAGUAUAUUUUACUUUAUUCUUGUAUACAAUUUACGAUCCCAUCAAAUAUCUUAACCAUACAAUGUAUUGCAUACUUUAGAUUAGUUUUCGUUUAGUUCUGUUUCAUAGAUACUUGAAUAUUUAAAACUUAAAACCGUUGCCAAAUUAUAAUGUAAGCGUUUUAAAAAUUAUUAUAUUGAUAUAAAUUGACUUUUACAAUAUUACAAAUUAUUUUGAAAUUGCUCUAGAGGUAAUUAUAGUGAAAUAUUUCAUAUUAAACAGAUCUAACUGAUAUUCAAUGGAUAUUCAAGUUCCUACUGAUAUACUGUUGACCUAUUACUUGGUGCCUUAUGAAAUGAUGAUAUUUGAGCAAAAAUAUAAUUUUGAAUGCAUUGUUAUGAAAUGAUAAAUUGUUUCUACGAAAAUGUAAAGAAACAUCCAUGUUUUUUUUUGUUUGAUCUCCACAUAAGAAAAAUGUUAUUUUAAUAAAUUGAUCUAAAGUUUUUAUCGAUAUAUUCAUAAUGUUAAAAUUAAUAAUAUUUAAGCAUCCAAAGAUUUUGGUUGACUGAAAAAUUAUGAAAUUAUUAUAUUAUUUAGUAAUUUAUACGCUUUUUAUGUUAACCGUACUUUUGCUAUAACGUAUUCAUGUAUAAUAAUAAUAAUAACAAGAUCUGUAUAGUUAUUUUUGUACCAUAAUUAUAAGCUUUACAUUUAGAGUUGCGCGUAAAUAGAUAGUUUGUCUGUCGAUAGUUCAUCGAAAACUAGUAACAUUUCGAUAAAAUUUACUGUCAGCAAUUGUGUAGGGUGGGACAGCACCAAUCAACGGGCACACUUUAUGAGCUGUUAAAUCGGAAUUUUAUUUCGAAAUGCUGUGCUGUGCUGUGUGUCAGCGUCAUAUUGUUCGUGACACCCAAAGUAGCCAACGACUUCGCAACGCGCGUCUUUGUUACAGUUGGAAUAAGGUUAUGUUGUCAACUUGUUGGUUAAUUUGGGUGUCACGAACUAUUUGACGCUGACUAUAUUAUUAUCAAUCGAUCCUAUGCACUAUCGAUGGACAACACUAUUAAAAUUUUGUACAAUGGACCAGUAUAGACCAGUAUCUAGUGCAUAGAACGUUUCUGGUUUCUAGAAAAAUUUAUUCAUAAUACAGGCCCUAUUUGAAUUAUUUGUAUUUUUAUAUGUAACUAACUGACCCGGCGAACUUCGUACCGCCAUAAAAACUUACCCGAUGAUAUUAACAUCCUAUACCAGUACAUAUUUAUCCGCCUGCAUAAUAUUGUAAUUAGCUCUUAUAUAUUUUUGAAUUUGUAAAAUUGCAAUAAAAUAUCUAUGGCGAAAUAGUUUUCCAAUGGUAAUUUAGAGAAGUCACCGAAAUGUGCCUCUAACAGUUCAAAUUUAAUACCAGACCAUUCUUUUAAUGUACCUUUUAGUUUGAUAAGCGACUAAAUAAUACGAAAGUACACAUGUAACGUAGUUUCUCAUGUUUUGUCCCGACAUACUAACUGUACCCUGACUAGAAAGCGUGACGUCUUUUUGAAAAAUCGAUCUUAUUGAAAAAUCUGUAGACAUCGAUUUUAGAAAUAAUAUGUCGUGUAAGAAUAUUUUUUUUACUAUAAAAAUAUUGUCAUAUUGAAACUACGCUUAUUUAGAACUAAGAGAUGGUUCCAAUGGCUGCAUGCUUUUAGUCAGGCUAUUAUAAGAUGUUAUUUAAAAUUCCUGCAACGAUGUUUACGUAAGAAUUAAGAAAUGUGUGUAAGGAAGAAUUCACAAUUAUUAAGCGAUUUUUUUAACAGAAAUUCAACAUUAUUUUACAUUUUCGAAGUCAGAAAUCUGUGCCAAAUAAUAUGCCAAGCACAGAGCGUCUAGCGACUACUCGUAAUGUCACAGUUGUGUUCACUCAAGUCAGUAUUUAAUGCAGUUUUCGUCACAAAUCUCAGUAUAUGGGAACAAAAGCACAGGUUUUCGCUCGAGGCUAUGGUAUAGCUAGGCCUACCAUUAUUAAAAAGAAAUUGUUACUUGCCCAUUUUUAAAACGGGGAUUUCAAUCAAUAACAUUUUGAUUUGAAAAUGAGAACAACAGGUCUCUAACGCGAUAUUUAUUAAAGUAGUUAAUAGUAGAAGUACUUACAGCUUGACGUUUCUGCUGUGUUACUUCAGCUGUGGUCACAAGCAGACUGGUGACUCGCGGCGUCGUUUGAGUGGGUUGAAGAUCUUCGGCUACCCUCAAAUUCGUCGCGUUUAAGAUUCGUUGUUCUUAGUCUCAAAUUGAAUGUAAUGUAACACAAACAUUUAAAUCAUAAAUAAAUAAUGUGAAUUCCACAUGUGCCUGCUUCUAAACGAUGUGAUGAAAGUGUUCUAACGUUUACCGCGUAUGUGCCUUGUAUGUAAGAGUUAAGAUGAAUUAUUUUGUAAAUAUAUUUAUAGUACCAUUUUUA